AUGAAUGGUAAUGCUGCAGUCAACGGUAAUGCUGCAUUCAACAGUAACGCUGCGGUCAACAGUAAUGCUGGGGUCAAUGGCAAUGCUGCGGUCAAUGGCAAUGCUGCUGCGGUCAAUGGCAAUGCUGCUGCGGUCAACGGUCAUCAUAGCAUGGAAGACAGCAACCAAGGCUUUUUGCCUGAGCAGCUCGAGGAAAAUGCUUACCUCCAUUCACAGGGCUUCCCAAAGAUGACUCGACCCUGA